CACAGAUGAGCUUUAUUUUUGGCCUCCCUGGAGCCGCUUGCCUCGGAAGAUCAGUCAGACCAACACCGUCAAACGGACAAGAUGGAGGAGCAACGCACGAUCCUGGUGAUCAACCCCAACUCAAGCGAGUCGAUCACAAAAGCUCUUGAGGAUGCACUGCGUCCCGUGUGCUCGCCAACGACGCGCCUCACCUUCCUGACGGGCCCGUCCGCCUCGCCGCCGUCGAUCAAUGAUGCCGUCACGUCGAUCCAGUCGGCCCAAGCUGUCUUCACCUCGGGCGCAGGCAGCGCCCGAUCCUUCAGCGACGACACCGAGAUCCGACGCGCGCACCGAGCCGUGCUCGUCUGCUGCUUCUCCAACCACCCGCUCGCGGGCAUGAUCCGCCAGGCCUGCCCGGGCGUGCCGGCGCUUCACAUCCUCGACACGGCCGUCUCAGCCGCGCUGGCGUGCUCCAGCGGCGCGCCCUUUGGCAUCCUCACCACGGGCCGCGCCAUGGUGUCGGACAUCGAUCAGGGCGUGCUCCAGUACCUCGGCGGCGCCUCGACGCGCUACGCCGGCUGCGUGCCGACGGACCUCGGCGUGCUCGAGCUGCAGGACCGCGAGCCAAGCGUCAGAGAAAAGGUGCACCGUGUGAUUCGUGAAAAAGCUGCGCUGCUUGCCCAGAGAAACGCUGGUGCCAUCAUCCUGGGAUGUGCAGGCAUGGCCGGCAUGGAGGAGCUCGUGCGGUCAGGGGUCGCCGAUGCGAUCGGUCAGGAAGCUGCAAGCAAGGUCGCCAUCAUCGACGGUGCCAAGGCUGGCGUCCAGCUCCUCGAUGGCCUGUCACGGUGCAACUUCUACGGAACCAGUCCUCGCACGAAUGCAUGAUAAUGAAGAGGAAGAAUCUCAAUCAAUUCAGAAACCUCUCGGUUAGAAGGAAGAAGAGGAACUAAAACAAGGUAAAGAAACAAAGUGAAGACUCUUGACCGUUGGUCAGUCUCCUUU